AUGCAUCGGGAGGAGGACGAGGAGCGAGUCAAGUCCAAGGUGACCGAGAAGCUCGCGAUCUCGUUUGGGCUCGCGCAGUCUGCGAAGCUCGGCGUGUUCGAGCGGACCAUCGAGAAGCUGAUCGCAGACACCCGCGACAUCCCGGAGCGGAUGGCGCGCAGCGGCGCUCCUCUCGCUAGAGGGGGAAACACGUAUUCACGCCAGCUGUUUGUCGACCGCGCCUCCAUCAACCUGCACUCGGACAUGCUCGAGCACCCAGACUUCUUUUGGGAGGAUGACGAGUGGCUGGGCAUCUACAUGCGCGUGUCCAAGUACCUCGAGGUCGAGCGGCGGGUGGACGUGCUGAAUAAGCGGCUCGACCUCAUCAAGGAGCUUUUCGACAUGCUCGCCAACGAGCUGCACACGUCCCACUCCAACAUGCUGGAGUGGUUCGUCAUCGUCCUCAUCGUCGCCGAGAUCUUCUUCCAGGUACUCGAGCUCGUUCAGCUCGAGCGGAAUUGAGAGGCCGGCGACUUCACCCACGAAGCCCACCGUCUUUAGACCACCCGUAUCCUCGGAGAGGUGUGUCACUCUGCGCACCCGCUGUCCAGUCGCUGGCUUUUGGCAUGCGUUGCGUAGCGCCGCGUAGCGUGUCCUUGGCCUUGCUCGCCAAAGUCGAGCCAAAGUCUCUAUCUC